GCAGCACCCACGCCGCUACAGACUUCAGUCGCCGUUGAGACCGCGACACCGCGCAACCUGCCAUCCACGACUUUCUUCGGUACCCUAUAGCUAUACCUGGGAUAGCAACUUCUGCAAAGUAGUUAAACUACUUAGCUGUGACGCGUAGUAAUUUAGGGGGACAGAAUAGAAGAGGAAAACAUUGCAGCCUGACGUUUGCUUUGUGCUGGCUCCAAAUUAUUGAAAUUUAUAUCGAUAGUAACCGAUAUCUAAAACGAAGCCUCAAGUGUCCUUGGAGUAUCAGAGGCUUCGCGAGAACAUUCCAGAAGGUAUUCUUCCUUCUUAGAUCAGUAGGGACCUCCUGAAGUGUGAGGAUAGACGCGUCAAGUCGUCUCCAGAGGAUUUUAUACGCAGCUGUCGAAGAGGAUCGUUCGUCAUAUAUCUAUGUUCAGGAUUCGAUAAGAGCAACGUACCCUGUACUCAGCUGCUGAGAUUCUGUUGGGGAUACGAAGUAUCUACGCUCUCCGUAUCGAAGAGGAUUGUAAAGGUGACGGAAGUGAUAGCUGGUGGCAAAUGCUUCAGUAGUGUGAAAAACGGUUGGAUAGAGGUACGCGAGAACAUUUUCUCGCGGGGUGAAUUCGUCCAAGAAGGGCGACUUCCGGUGGUGAAGGAAGACAGUAGAGGAGGCGAGAUCGGGCCCGGAUGCUCACAAGGACAGGACGCCGGAAACGCUGCCACGUUGGAAGGGAAAAUCUUAACGGCCGUCAACAAAUUUCUGACGACAUCCCCUUUGGUUAACAAAGUUAAACUACUUAUGCCGUAGAGUUUUCUCAGAAUGCAAUUUUCUCACGUGCAAUUGUAUUUCGCAAAGAUUUUCUUUCACUGCUACACUCCUUGAUGCCAUUUCAUCGGUGCAAUGGAUUUGUCUUCGUAGGGGAUCCUCAACUAGAUUUUUCAUCACAUUCCACUCAGGACAUCCUCUUUUCAAAGCUUUCGGUUAAGCAAACCACUGCUUAAGGGCUUGCAACUCUUACAAGCUAUAUGCAGUCGUGGGUUGCUGCCAUUAAAGUCAAACCUUGCAGCAAUUGAAUUCGUGGUUUUUACUCUAUUUCUCAAGUGGGCUCUUACUUACCCUUGUGAAACUUCAACCCAGAAGUAUGAACAGGUCUCUUUACCGUCACACAAGGGUCAAUGUGCUUGCAAAGGGAUGCGUCGAACAUUAUAGAACGAAAAAAAUGAUGAGCAAGCAGUUGAAUGGACGAUGAUUAAAAUCCAACGAUUUAUGCGGAUUUCGUUAAAAGGAUGCCAGCACAUCUAUAGUCAGAAAAAAAGAAGCUUAGGGGGACGAGUAGGAAUAUUCACUGAACGAUAAUGUACAUGGCACCCGUCAAAGCAGUGGGGUAUCUGUUAACAACGGAGAUGAGGAAAUGGCUGGAGGAUCCUCCGGGUCGCCAAUUGUCUCGCCAACGACGUCCACGUCGUUGCCACCGGAAACGGACGCCUCCCUUACGAGCAAGGAGACACCUGGCAGUCCUGAAGAUUCUCAUCGAUGCGUAACAUCGUCAGGGACUACGACGAUGGGAGCAGCUAUGACGACAACGACCACUCCUUCAGGAGCGACGAGACUCACCAGUAACCUUCUCUUCACUUUGCCUGCCUCGCCACAACGUUCCGUUUCCGGUUCCUCCAGUAGAUUGCCUGCCAUCUCCAAGUCGCAGAUGAAGGAAUUCAGAGAAGCGUUCAGGCUAUUCGAUAAGGAUGGUGACGGGAGUAUCACCAAGGAAGAGCUUGGCCGAGUAAUGCGAUCCCUCGGGCAAUUCGCCAGGGCUGAGGAACUUCACACUAUGCUCCAGGAAAUUGACAUCGAUGGGGACGGGAAUGUCAGCUUCGAGGAGUUCGUAGAAAUUGUGAGUAACAUCGGUGGUGGCGCUAGUGCAGUGGCGCCUACGGAUCAGGAUCAAGAGGAGCAGGAGCUUCGCGACGCUUUUCGCGUAUUCGACAAGCACAAUCGGGGCUACAUCACAGCAUCCGAUCUUCGAGCUGUCCUCCAGUGCCUGGGAGAGGAUUUGUCCGAGGAGGAAAUUGAGGACAUGAUCAAGGAAGUGGACGUGGACGGAGAUGGACGUAUUGAUUUCUAUGAAUUCGUUCACGCACUGGGGGAACCUGGAAUCGACGAGGACGAAGAGGAAGACGAGGAGGAGCAGCAAUCUCCUGCAUACUAGGAUCCAUUCGGCGUCUCUCGUACCUACCUACUCGUCUUCUUUAGAUAGAAUAAAUUAAUAUGUCGUCGAGGAGGCUCAAAGCACUUGUGGACCAUUUUCGAUUUUCUUCUUUGUCACGUACCUACUUAAAUGUACUUCACGCUAGGUACAGAGAGCAUUGAAAUUGUGAAAAUUGGUAGAAACUCCAUGGGGAGACCCAAUUUCUCUUUGGACAUCUCGUCUGAUGUUUCUUUCUCUUCUUUUCUUUAUUUCUUUUAUUCUUCACCUCGUUUCUCGUGUACCUUCGUACUAUUCUUUUUAUUCCCGUCCGUACGAGCUUCAGUUAGCUUUUUACCCGUGGAAACUUUAUUUCCGAUCUUCAGAUCCGAACGCAAAACUCCCUCGCCUCGUUCAUUCAGGAUCAUAGGAACUUGUCUCUGGUAAUCUGUAGGAAGAAGUUUCGAGUGGAAAAGUAAAAAAGUCUAUUUCAAAUGGCGAUUCAAUGGGAAUGUAAAAAAAAACAUACUUUAGAACCUGUGAGUAGAUUCGACAUAACGUAUUUACGACGGAGGACUUUCCUGAAUUUGAUCAAAGCUUCCUCCUUGAUGCGAUGCUAGUGCUAGUUCCUCGACGGCAGUGCCCGUGCACUACGUCCUUUUCGGUAUGCCUAUACGGUCGACAUAUUAUUGACAGUCGGUACCAGGCCUAACGGAAUCGAGAACCAACUGCGAUUACCGAUGGUGAUUCGUUACGAGCGCCGUCACAUUUGUCAAGCAAUUUAACGAUCUUAAAUCUUAACAUAUCCAAAGUUUCAUCUACAAAUAAUAUAUUUGAAUCUCGUAUUUGUUCUAGAAUAAUUAUUAAUUUUGUCGACGUAAACGAAGAGAAUAAGAAAAAACUAUAUAUAUACACAUAAGAACAACUAGUGUCAACGUCCUGCUGUCAGGACGACAGCCUAUAAUAAGCGCACGACGUCUUGUCCACACAUUUACGAGAUAACAAUUUUUAUUCUCUCUGACGCUACUUUAAAAUACUGGCACCCGAUAAUUCAGAUUUCUAUGCGGCAGGGUGACCGGUGUCUCUUCGUGCUUAUUUGCCGGUAUCGUGCGGCAUCGAGCAAUGCUAGAACCGAUCCCGUGAUUGAUCGACCGAAGCUUGGACCGUUGCACAAAGGAAGCAAGUAAAGGAAAACGCAACGUAGAGAAUACGAUACCAAGUGAAUUACUCGAACGUAAAUAUGAAAGUAAAGGGACGGAAACGCAGACACGUGUAAUGCGGAAUUGAAGCGGCCAGAUUGCAUCGAUGCAUAUUCAUAAGUGGGUAUAGUUCAGCGAGCAUGACGGUGCUGAGCGUCGCGACGCGUUGUCCUAUUUGUUAUUGGUAUCCCGAUGCUUAGGAUUUUAUAUACCGAUAAGAGGAACGUUGUCUCCGAUCGAUUGCCACUGAUAAAGGAUCAGUUUUCGUGUCGGUGGGUUAACCUUAAUUUUAUCAUGUCUCGUACCUUAUGAUAUCCGAUGUUUAUCCUAACGAUAAGAGCUACGCGCUGUUCUGAAUAUUUUAAAAAUCUAAUAAAUCAGUAAUAAAACGUUA